UUCAGUCUUGUAUUAAAGUUUCCUGAUUCGUGAUAGAGGAGACGUAACGCACCGGACUCUCAACGCGAUCAUGACGCUUCUUCAUGAGAUCACAGGAUGGCUCACAUCUCUUAUGUUUUACGUGCUCUGUGUUGCUUUAAUCGCAUUUGUUGCAUAUUGUCUGUAUGUUAGACAUGUUCAUCAGAAAUAUGAUCAUAUACCUGGACCUCCAAGGGAUAGUUUUUUCCUAGGGCAUACGCCAACUUUUAUCAAAGCAAUGAAAUCGGACGGGAUAGUACACGAUGUAUUUCUGAACUGGGCAGAAGAAUAUGGUCCUGUGUAUAGACUUAACAGCUUUCACUUUGUUGUGAUCGUGAUUUAUUGCCCAGAGGCUACAAAGACAAUCCUGAUGUCACCUAAGUAUCCCAAGGAUCCCUUUGUCUACAAACGCCUCUUUAACUUGUUUGGGAAAAGGUUCUUGGGAAAUGGUCUAGUGACGGCUGCAGAUCAUGAUGUCUGGUACAGGCAGCGCCGCAUCAUGGAUCCGGCCUUCAGCAGCUCAUACCUGCGAGGUCUGUUGGGCACAUUUAAUGAGAUGUCAGAACGCCUCAUGGACAAACUGGAGGAAAACGCUGAUGGGAAAACUCCUGUUGUCAUGCAUGAUCUGGUCAACUGUGUCACACUCGAUGUCAUUACAAAGGUGGCUUUUGGUGUUGAUUUGAAUUUGUUGAAGUACACUGACUCCCCCUUCCAGAAUGCAAUAGAGCUGUGUUUAAAGGGCAUGGUGUAUUAUCUCAGGGAUCCUUUUUAUAGGCUCAACCCUAAGAACUGGAAGACGGUACAACAGAUUAAAGAUGCAGCUGAACUCUUACGUAGGACCGGAGAGAAAUGGAUACAAGACAGGAAGACAGCAGUGGAAAAUGGUGAAGAUGUUCCCAAAGACAUUCUCUCUCAAAUCCUCAAGACAGCAGAGGAGGAAAAAGCUAACAAUUCAGAAGAUCAUGAGCUAAUGCUGGACAAUUUUGUCACUUUCUUUAUCGCAGGCCAAGAGACAACAGCCAAUCAACUCUCAUUUGCAAUCAUGGAAUUAGGGCGACACCCUGAGAUAUACAAACGGGCUAAAGCAGAAGUGGACGAAGUCCUCGGGACAAAAAGGGAAAUUAUAAAUGAAGACCUUGGAAAACUCUGUUACUUGUCUCAGGUGUUGAAGGAAACCCUGCGACUGUAUCCCACUGCUCCAGGAACAUCUCGCUGGCUGCCUGAGGAUAUGAUUAUUAAUGGAUUUAAAAUCCCAGGAGGAUGUGCUGCUCUUUUCAGUUCUUAUGUCUCUGGAAGAAUGGAAAAGUUUUUUAAAGAUCCAAUGACGUUUGAUCCUGAGAGAUUUCAUGUAAAUGCCCCAAAGCCUUAUUACUGCUAUUACCCGUUUGCACUGGGACCACGAUCCUGUCUAGGGCAGGUUUUCUCACAGAUGGAGGCAAAAGUGGUGCUUGCUAAACUUCUUCAGAGAUUUGAGUUCAGUCUGGUUCCUGGACAGUCUUUUGACAUUAAAGACACGGGAACACUGCGGCCCCUAAGUGGAGUUAUUUGCAACAUUAAACACUGUACACAGGACAUGUUCUAGGUCCAGGCCUUCCUAUGUACUGGAUAGUCUACUAAUGUGCACUUUUUUGAUCAAAUAACCUGAAUGGAGUUUUAAAAGAUUUUUUUUUUUAGCUUUUAAUUUUACCACUGAAGUGUAAUUAUACUAAUACAAUAUAUAUUUUACCCCAAAAACUUACAAACUAAAAAAUUAUUUGCCCUGGUUUUCAUCUU